AUGCCCGGCUUCGACUUCUCUAACUACAACCGGAACCUUGCGCUCCACGCCCAGGGAGUCCCUCUCCCCAAGGCUACCAGCACAGGCACAACCAUUGUGGGAUGUAUCUAUGAUGGGGGUGUGGUGAUCGCCGCCGACACGAGAGCUACCUCCGGUCCCAUCGUGGCCGACAAGAACUGCGAGAAGCUGCAUUACAUUGCGCCCCAGAUUUGGUGCGCGGGUGCCGGUACCGCCGCCGACACCGAGUUCACGACUGCCCUCAUUUCCUCCCAGCUAGAGCUGCACGCCCUAUCGACCGGCCGCAAGCCCCGCGUCGUCACUUGCAUGACCAUGCUCAAGCAGCACCUGUUCCGCUACCAGGGUCACAUCGGCGCCUACCUCGUCGUCGCAGGGUGCGAUCCCACCGGCACCCAUCUCUUCACAGUCCAUGCCCACGGCAGCACCGAUAAGCUGCCCUACGUCACAAUGGGUUCGGGUAGCUUGGCAGCCAUGAGUGUCUUUGAGAGCCAGUGGAAGCCGGAGCUCAACGAGGAGGAGGCUAUCAAGCUGGCGAGCAACGCCAUUCUGGCAGGUGUGUGGAACGAUCUGGGAUCCGGUUCAAACGUCGACGUAGCGGUUAUUACAAAAGACAAGACCACCCUGAAGAGGAAUUACAUCACGCCCAACGAGAAGAGCGCCAAGUUGCAGAGCUACCGCUUCCCCAAGGGCACGACGGCGGUGCUCAACGAGAAGAUCAUUAAGAAGGAUGAUAUUGGGCGGUACGUUUCCGUGCAGGAGGUGCCUGUCGAGGGAGGGGAUACGAUGGAGGUAGACGCUUGA